CCAGGACGCUCUUCCUUCCUCUCCGAGCGUCGCCGACGUCACUUCCGCUCCCCUUGCGGCCCAGGCCCAAGAUGGUUCCCCCGGUGCAGGUCUCGCCGCUCAUCAAGUUCUCCAGAUACUCAGCACUGCUACUUGGAAUGAUCUAUGGAAAGAAAAGAUAUGACUACCUGAAACCUAUUGCUGAGGAGGAAAGGAGGAUAGAAGCAGAGGAGAAAAAGAAGCGUGAAGAAAUGGAACGAAUUGCAAAAGCACUUGCCGAAGCAAGUGAAGAUACAAUACUGAAAUGAACCUGCUCAUCCUUUCCUUCAACUUUAAUAUCCAUUGUUUGAAAUACUAAAAUAGAUAAAUCCUGUCAAAUAAAUUUACAUCAAUAAAACACUUUCUGUCAA